CAAACCCAGAUCACAAACUCUGGCUUUUCCAUCAAACCAGGAAUUCCCCGCUACAAGCUCUUACAAGCUCAACUUUUUGAUGGCCCGGUUGUUAUAUUUUCCAAUUCUCGUGAAAUCAACUGCGUGACGCUAUCUUCAUCUCACUCGCCCCCCCUUGAACCACUCGAACUUAUGUCCAUGGCUGGAAAGUUAUACACUCCUCACCGGUCAAAACGGGUCAAUUCCUCUGCGAUUCUGAUGGGCUGAAAUGUCGAGACUCUUCAGGAUCCGGAAAGCACAGAAACAGGAUGAUCUCGAGCAGGCAUACGAGCAAGCCGGCCGUGAGAACGACACCCGCCAUGUCCCCGCAACAUCCGGCUUGCCUCUUCUCCCACGACCGCUUGCGUCUAUGGUAUCUUUCAUGACUCAAUCGACUUCAUUAUCUCUUCGAAUAGGAACAUUUGUCGGUGGUGCUGCCCUAGAUGGCGCUAGAACCACCACAUUGACCGGACUGGAGCUCAGUAGAGCGAUGGUAGAGGGAAUACUGACGAGAGCUGGGCGCGACCUGAGUACUCGAAGUAGCGGCGAGUAUGGCAAGGCUGAAGCAGAGUCACUGCUCGAACGGAGUCUGGCUACUCUGCACAGUACAAUCACCUCGGCAUCUUUUUUCGCUGCUGCCUCGUUCCAUUUAUCCUCGUCCGCGCUUCUUUCCGCAGCCAAUGUGUCCCAAUCCCUCCUGUCUACGCUAGACGCAACUCUCGGCUCUACGGAGUCGUCUAGAGCCAUUGCGGCAAUCGUGACCCUCUUCCGGAGUGAGCUCAGAGAAUUGAACGAUACAGAAUUCGGGACCGAACUUCGAACCCAGAGAAUCGGUGUAGCUGACCUUUUAGUCGGCUGUGUCGGAUUUGCAUUGCUCCAGCGUUGGGGCAGGAAAAGUACAGAACGACACGUACGCGGAAUCGGCGGAGUUGAGUCCGUAUGGGAUGUUGUUAUACUAGAUAAUGGUGUGAGAGCAGAUGUUGUCGGUACCCAUCAGGUCGAGCAGCCUAAGGCGGCUCUCAAUGAGCCGUGUGACGACGCGAAGCGCUCGUCUUUUAUGACUGCCGGAAAUGAUGAUGAAGUCUUCGAUGCGAUACAACGGCCAGCAAGCAUCGCUGAUACCGCAGAAAGAUCAUACUUAUCAGUGCCACUUGAGAAUCCGCAUCGGAUUUCCGAUGAAGACAUUCGCUUGUACAUUAUGAGACAACUGCCUCAAGGAUGCCAUGCUUCUAUCAGGACUGACCUGAUACAUGCCAGAACCAUCACCGUUGAGAUAUUUGAUGAGGACAUUGGAGAAAUAGCGGCUCCUCCAGGUACAAUGAUGAUUGAGGAGAGGCACCAUGAUACUAGUCCUCGCAGAUCAUCUAAUCAGGGACAACUUCCCAAGCACAUGAUGGUCUUCAGAACUGCCUUCACUAGGUCCAACAAUUCUGAUGUGAGACCCGCGAGUCAGCAGGACAGUGUGGCAUGGCACGCAGGUGACGAACAGAAACUGCCUCGGUCGCACCGAGAAGUGGUGGAUCAGCCAUAUGCCACAACAAACACCUACUCUGCGGAACCAGCAGAAAAUAAGGUGCUCACCAUAGAGCGUCCUACCGGCCCUUCAUUGGAUCCUCGCGGCAGCCUGGACUCGGCGAAGCUUGACUCCAGUGUCUCUGAACCCCAGUCUCGUGGGAAGCGGGAAAACACAACCAAAGGAAGUCCCAUGAAGUCCUCUUUGACCAAAGCAGCGCAGAAGAUCAAGGCUAGCAGUGUUGAUAAAAAGGACGCUGGCAAGCGCCUGUCUACGAAGUUCACUCCAGAGAAAACAAAAUCCCCGCCGACUACCGAAAAUGCCAUCGCGCAGGGAAGACCAUUCAAGGGAACAGCAAACACACGAAAGAUAUCAACACAGCAGCGUCCUGCCAAAUGCGACCGCAGUGAAGUUUAUGAAACGGCGGCGCCAUCACCAAAACGCGGAUCUUCGAUACCCGUAGCUAACAGAGGCUUACCCCGAACCCCAUUGCAAGAGCAGCGUAUGAAUCAGGCACCUAUCCCAAAGACCUACCGUUCCGAUACUCGCGAUGCUUGUCACAUAAGCAAUCCAAGAACAGAUAUCUUCGCUAUUCGUGAAAAGUCAGAAGACUCCCUCGUCUCUCAGACCCAAGCCUACGCUCAAGAAUCACCAAUUUCGCCACCAGGCUCCCCGGUCACGAGAAGGACACAUGUGCGUAGUAGCAGUUCUCUAUCAUUGACGAGGUCGGAAAGUGAUGUGACCGUUUACAUCAAUAAGGAUGGUCGCCAAAGCUCCUCUAUGUUGCACCUGCACAAUCGCGCAUCAUCUCCGAGCAUAUAUUCCCUCGCUACAGCGGGGUCCGAAACGUCGCUCGUGCUCGCUCAUCGUCCUCGAAAAAGUGCCUAUGACGAUACAGAAGCACUUCAAAGUCUGAAUCGGGAUGGCACCGUGCCCGGCAUCUUCCCUGCAAAGCACUUCAUGCAAAAUAUUAGACGCUUUUGCAGAUUCUCCUCGGCUUCAUAUGGGUCUCAUGCUCUGAAGGUCAUGGGUGUCCCGCGCUUAACGAGUGUUUUACCCGCCGAAGAAGUAUCCAGUCCGGAACAUAGUGACUUCUCUGAUCACACGGGCUUGCCAGCUUCCACGAUACUGCUUUCUUCCUUCGUCGACUCUGCAGGUGGCACGAAUGCUGCAGGGGAAACAGAAAGCGGAAUUCCAUUAGUUCACUACCUUUCCCUCGACCAUGAAUCGAAAGCCGUGGUUCUGACCUUGCGCGGGACAUGGGGCUUCGAGGAUAUUCUGACUGACAUGACUUGCGAAUACGAUGACCUUGAAUGGCAGGGUAGAAGUUGGAAAGUGCAUAAGGGGAUGCACGCUUCAGCAAAACGCCUUCUGAUGGGCGGAGGUGGCCGAGUCAUGUUGACGAUUAGAGCUGCGCUAGAGGAAUUCUCAGAUUAUGGGCUGGUACUCUGUGGACAUUCACUGGGAGGAGGAGUCGCUGCACUGCUUGCAACGAUGAUCUCUGAGCCAAGCAGCGAUGCUUUCGGCGCAUCGUUCACAACCACUUCUUAUCAAACCACAAAUCUGAGUCCAUCCGACAACAAGGCACAAGCUUACGACAAGGCUUUCUUCGUGCCCUCCGGGCGGCCAAUUCAUGUCUAUGCGUACGGGCCUCCUGCAACAAUGUCGCCGUUCCUGCGCCGCGCAACGCGUGGGCUAAUCACCACCAUCGUCAAUGGUCAGGAUGUGGUUCCUUGCCUUUCGCUCGGCAUCUUGCAUGAUAUGCAUACAGUGGCGGUAGCAUUCAAGGGUGACGUUUCUGGCGCCCGUUCCCACGUCGGGUUUCGAGUUUGGGAAGGCUUUAGGCAGAGUAUUGUGAGCAAAUUCUACGUAAACGAACCGCCUAUACUCACUCAUGCCGGUUACGGCGUGGGAGAAGACGCAUGGGCAUGGAACACAUUGAAGAAGCUUCGCGAAGAGAUGAGGGCGCCAAAACUCUUACCGCCGGGUGAGGUGUUUCUAGUCGAAACGAUGAGGGUGCUUCAGCGAAACGCUUUUACAUCUGAUGUGACGGCUGAUGGCUAUCCAGUACUCGGUCGGCCGGCGACCCGAGCACAGCUGACAUUCGUUCGAGAUGUCGAAUCGUCCUUUGGGGAGCUCAGAUUCGGCUCGGGCAUGUUCAGUGACCACAACCCAGCAAGGUAUGAAGCGAGUCUUGCUGCACUCGCUCGUGGAGUUUUGGAUGAGUGAUUAUUCGCCUUUAUGCCUACGACAUAAAGUGAUGUAUUUUGCAACCAUAUUUAUUGCACUUUGAAUUACCUGUCCGAGUUGUCCAUUUUGGCUAGAUACUUGGAGAGGAAAUGUCACGUAGAGACGAUAAUGAAACUUGGAAUAGAUCUUGCGAGUUCAUGACAUCGCU